UAAAAACAUCAUUGAUAAAAAUAAUCAUGCUGUUUCAAAUUUUUCUGGCCAAAAUGGUACUACUCACAAAUUACUCAGAGCUAACAACAAUUUUGUUAAAAAUAAACAUGGAUUUGGUGAUUUUUGUGAUGAUGCUGAAUUGUAUAACCAAAGUAGUGCUGCGUCAGCUCUUGUACCAUAUGGCAAUGAGGAAGAUCGAACAACAACUAGCUCUGCAAGCAAACUUGAGUCUUUUCCUGACACUGACCAAGAUGAAGUUGACAUGGCUAUAUCUCGUGAUAGCUUGAAAGACAGACCUGAUUUGGGUCUGUUCAGAGGAUCUAUAGAUCAACACAGAAGGAAAAAUGAAGUAGAAAAGCAUGAACAUUUCUCAAAAACCAAAAAUGCCAAAAAUGACAAAUCGGAAAAAACAGUUAAAUUUACAUGGCUUGAUAUGUUAAUGGGUAUGACUUCAAUCGCUGUAUUUUGCGUUAAUAUAGGAACAGAUAUUGAAUUAGCAGCAAACUACUUUAAGGCGGGAUUAUGGAAGGACGGGGCCGCGACAACAGCUUUAAUUGUGAUUCCUUCCUUGAUUACAUGUUUCCUUGGACUCCACUGGUAUCUGAUUGAUUACAAGAAAGAACAAAAAUUUAAAAAGGAGAAUAGAAAGGCAUAUACUGUACCAAGAUAUGUGUGGUUUCUGCGUAUUUUUUUUACAUUGCUGAUGUGUGGACCAAUUGUCAGAACUGUUGAAUAUUUGUACUGUGGUCAUAACAGUCAAAAUAAAAAGUUAUCUGCUAGAGAGCGUAAACGAUUCCAGAGAUUGAUGAUGUAUGAGGAUGUUGAUAGCUGCUUGCUUGGGCUAUUUGAAAGCUUCUUGGAAUCAGCACCCCAGCUAAUUUUGCAACUGUAUAUUGCUAAUGAACUCAUACAGCAAGGCGAUAUUGUUGGAUCAUUAGCUCUGCUGUCUUCCUGGGGAAGCCUGGCUGUAUCACUUACGUCAUAUCAAAAGACUCUACGAUACAACCAUGAAGAAAAAGCUAAGAUGAGGAUCAUCAGUCUCCCUUUUUAUUUCAUAUGGAGAGCCAGUGAGAUUGGAGGUCGUGUCCUGUAUAUCGCCAUGUUCGCCUCAGCUUUUGACUUUUGGGUGUUUGGACCACUAAUUUUUCACUGGGUUUUGAUGUCCAUCUGGCUGGUUGUACAGAAGACGACAUUCUACAAAAAUGUCUGUCUGGAAAAAGUCUUCAAUAUCAUCUGCGGCUACGUCAUGGUCUUCUGUUUUCUCAACCUACGAGAAGGCCAGACAAGAUUCCGUGUCAUUUUGUUUUAUUUUAUUGUCUAUGUUGAGAACUUUCUUAUGCUGGCUCUAUGGUUUAAAUUUACCAAAGACGUAGGUGGUUGGCUUCAUCAAUGGGGCCUGAUCGUAGUUCUGAUCCUGUUCGUGUUUCAUGUUGUCUUUCAGUUGUUGUAUUACUGGUUUUUUCACCCCACAAAAAACAUUAAGAUGUGUUUGCCUUGUGUCCGGUUUGUUCUCUACAGCUCCAUCUGUCAUGAUCUCCAGCCACAUGACGACAAAUCUGCUGAAGUUAACCAUACUGUUGCAGAGAUAAUUGUUGAUGAACCGAAGUCAGUUUAUGGCACAAAUUGAAUAUUUAAUGCCAGUUAACAUUUAAAUAGCUAUAUUUCUAAACAUGGUGUUAACAAUUAACAAGGUCUAUACUAUAAUGUUAAAAUUAUAAGAUGUUUUAAAAAUCAUUAGUAUUAGAAAACAAUUAAUGUAAUUCAAACGUCCUUUGGAUAAAACAAAAGCUUUCUAUGAGCCAAUGGACCAAAUUGUGUUUCCAUAAAAAAAAUUGCAUAAAUAAAAUAAAUGUUUUAUUAUCGAAAUUUUCAAACCACAGAUCACUCACUCAUUUAGACAUUAUUUUCUGCACUAUAACCAAAUUUUUAAAAAAGAUACUCAAAGUUAUACUCAUAGACUUACAUAAUUUAGUGCAUUUUCUAUUUUUACUAUUCUUUCUCUCAGGUAAGAAUUUCUAUUCAUUAAAAGAAAAUAAAAAUAGUACACACUGUUCGUAUAUACCUGCAAAAAGAUGGGAUCUGCUGAACUAGCUGGAUCAUGAAAUGAUUUACACGUAGAAAGGCUAUUUUUUAAAAAAUACGGUUCUUUUUUUAAACAACAAAAAAAAUCAAAUUAUUAACUUUACUGUAGAGACGUUUAUUGUUACAAAUGUACUCACAACGGAUUAACAGAAAUUAUAUCUCUAAAAUGUAGA